AUGCCUGUCGCUGUGCAGACCCCUACGCCUCCUGGUGGGAUAAAAUUGUACUAUCAGGCCAAAAUAGAGACCGCGGAACUUGACAUCAACCAGAAGACCCAGAACUUGCGACGUUUGGAGGCUCAGCGGAAUGCGCUGAAUGCCCGAGUGCGACUGCUACGCGAGGAGCUGCAGCUGCUCCACGAGCCUGGCAGCUAUGUCGGCGAAGUAGUGAAGGUUAUGGGUAAGAACAAAGUACUGGUGAAAGUACAGCCAGAAGGGAAAUACAUUGUCGACUUCGAUUCAGACAUUGAUGUCUCAACACUGCGUCCUUCGCUCCGUGUUGCUCUCCGUUCUGAUUCAUACACAAUACACAAGAUUCUGCCGAACAAGGUGGAUCCUCUCGUAUCUCUUAUGAUGGUAGAGAAGGUCCCCGACAGCACAUACGAGAUGGUCGGCGGUCUCGACAAACAGAUUCAAGAGAUAAAGGAAGUCAUCGAGCUGCCUGUGAAGCACCCAGAGCUCUUCGAGUCUCUUGGUAUUGCUCAACCAAAGGGUGUACUUCUCUACGGACCUCCAGGUACGGGGAAGACAUUACUCGCGAGAGCCGUUGCGCACCACACCGAUUGCAAGUUCAUCAGGGUGUCCGGCUCUGAGUUAGUUCAGAAGUACAUCGGCGAGGGUAGUCGGAUGGUCAGGGAAUUGUUCGUCAUGGCCAGAGAGCACGCGCCAAGUAUCAUCUUCAUGGACGAGAUUGAUUCGAUUGGAAGUUCGAGAGGGGAGAGCGGUUCCGGCGGCGGCGAUUCCGAGGUUCAGCGGACAAUGUUGGAGCUGCUGAACCAGCUGGAUGGGUUCGAGCCGACGAAGAAUAUCAAGGUUAUCAUGGCGACUAACCGAAUAGAUAUUCUUGAUUCUGCGCUGCUCCGACCCGGUCGUAUCGAUCGCAAGAUUGAGUUCCCACCUCCAGGUCCUGAGGCUCGUGUUGCUAUCUUGCGCAUUCACUCGCGGAAGAUGUCAUUACAACGCGGAAUAAAUCUUCGUGCUCUGGCUGAGAAGAUGGGACAGUGCUCUGGUGCUGAAGUGCGUGGUAUUUGCACGGAAGCUGGAAUGUAUGCACUCCGAGAACGGAGGCAGCAUGUCACACAGGAAGAUUUCGAGUUCGCUGUUGCCAAGGUUCUCAAGAAGAACCAGGAGGGAAACACGUCGGUCAACAAACUGUUCUCUUAG